AUGCUUGUUUCUGUGAACAACGCUGAAUCUGAAAUCGAUCUGAUCCGUGUUUUCCGAUCUGACCGAAACCUUAAUGAAGGUGCAGUGAAGUCAUGCAAGGAAUUUUUGGAAUAUUCACACACGGUCGUACAACUAGCACUUUUUGAGCGUGAACAUGAUUGUCGAAGAAUGGUCAUGGGAAGGGGUUACAUUGGAAUCCCGAGGAAUAUGCGAAUCAUUUCAAGAUUCGGUGGUAUAAAUGCAUCCGAUCCAGUGCGAAUACUCAAUGCUUCACCGGAAAACAGCUAUUAA